AAUUUUCUUAAUAACUAAAUGCAAAUUCAAUAAGAUAAAUAUAUAAUAAUAAAUGAAAAUACAUACGGUUUUAAACAAUUGAUUAAUUAUAACAUGUAAAUUAUAAAAUUAUUGUAUUUAAAAUAAUUAUAUAAACAUUUAAGUAUAUGAUUAACUUUAAAAAUAUAUACCACUAAUGUUUAAAAAUAAUAAUUUAUGUAUAGAAAAGUGAAAACAAAUCCGCGCAAAAUAAGAAGCUAUGUUGGACCAUUCUGAUAAUCUCUCUUUUUUUCCCCAUAAUACUAAUUAACGUCGUAUCAAGUAACAACAUAAAUAUUUCUAUUUUCUUUCAUCGGUAUAUUAUCUUUUGAUCAGAGAUAUCAGAUAAAGUCUGAUCUGAAAUUGUUAUAAAAUUUGUUUCAUAACGAAUCCUAUACUUAAUUUGGGCUCAUGGUUCAUGUGGUGGUAUUAAAUGUAUUAUUAGGAUGCAACUGUCUCAUAAAUUAUUCAAACGACCAAUAAUAGGUAAAGGUAGAUAAAGGAGAGUGCGGCCAAUCUAUAUCGUGCCUAACUUGGAAAAGAAGAAGUGGCUUUAAUCAGUAUCUCGAUUAGUUAAAUCCUUAACUGCAGCAUAAUUGGUUCUAAAUUAAUGAACGAGGCCACGUGGGAAAAAAUAAGAACAAGAUUCACGAAAUAAGAACAUUUACAUAUUAAAAUAUACAUAUUAUUAGCGUGUAAGAUAAGGCUCAUGGACUGAUAAAUUGGGGAGUGUAAGUGUUCACUAAGACGACAAGAGAGAAGAAUUCACAGAUAAGUAAAGUGCGAUGAGCUCGGUAGAAAAAGCGGUGGCGGUAGAAGAUGGAGAGUGGCGGCGACGACGGUUUGGGCCGAAACAAGGGAGUGUUAUCCCAAAAGAGAGGAAAUUAGUGAAGAAAAUGAUCUUGGAGGCUCUUCUUCCAUCUCGACCUUCUUUCAACUCCAAGCAGAUAGUAGAGCCACCGCGUAUCAAGCGGCUACAGUCCACUCUCCGGUAGCCUUCAACUUCAAGUGAUGUUUUGUGAAGUACCUUAGAAACUAUUUGGAUCGUAAACUAUAACAAGUUAAAGUAGUAUUUUCCCCUAAUAUGUUGUGUGUCUCUCUUGUAACAUAGUUUGUGUGUUCUUUGGCUUCUUUAAGAAAAGUAUAGAUGCGUGUGUUGUUAAUUUUGCUAAUUUCUUUGUGUAUCCAUGUUAAUUUAAGAUCUAUAAUUUGCUACAUAUCA